CACACGGUUUCCAGUAUAAAGAUCGUCCGCCAGGGAGGAGCCAAAGCACACAGCGAUCCAUCACCAUCCUCUGCACACCCAUCGUCUUCUUCUCCGCAAAUCUUGGGUUAGUCAGAGACUCCGGGCGACAAUGGCUGACGAAGUUCAGACGCUCACCAGGGCCUUCUCAGGUCUGGGAGGCCUGGGUGUGGACGAGCAGACGAUGGUGACGGCGCUGGCGAAGUGGCGGAAGCAGCCGGAGAAGCGGUCCGGGUUCCGGAAGAGCUUCCCUGGGCUGUUCAAGGAUCACGGCGUGAUCGAGAAGGUCGAGGACGACUACAUCCUGCACCUCACCGCGGAGUUCUCCCGGUUCAAGAACCUGAUGGUGCUGUGGGCGAUGCACCCGUGGGAGCGCGACGCCCGCCUCGCGCACCACGUCCUCCACCAGGCGCACCCCGCCGCCAUCGUCGUGGAGAUCGCCUGUACCAGGUCCGCCGAGGAGCUCCUCGGCGCGCGCAAGGCCUACAUGGCGCUCUUCCACCACUCCCUCGAGGAGGACGUCGCGUACGGCGCCAAGGACAAGCCCUACUGCAGCCUGCUGGUGGGGCUGGUGAGCGCGUACCGGUACGAAGGGCCCAAGGUGAGCAGCGACACGGCGAAGGCGGAGGCCAAGGCGCUGGGCGCGGCGGUGAAGAGCGCCGGCGCCGCCGGCACCAAGCUGGUGGAGAACGACGAGGUGGUCAGGAUCCUCAGCACCAGGAGCAAGCCCCACCUGGUGGAGACCUUCAAGCACUACAAGGAGCUGCACGGCAAGCACAUCCUGGAGGACCUCGCGAGCGAGGAGACCCUGGGGGAGACCGUGCAGUGCCUGGCGACGCCGGAGGUGUACUUCAGCCAGGUGAUGGAGGCGGCGCUGAGGGACGGCGCGGACAGCCACGGCAAGGAGGCCCUGUCGCGGGUGGCGGUGACCCGGUCGGACGUGGACAUGGACGGCAUCAGGGCCGCCUACCAGGAGCAGUUCGGGACCAAGCUCGAGGACGCUGUCGCCGGCAAGGCCCACGGACAAUUCAAGGACGCCCUCAUCUCCCUCAUCGCCGGCAAGUAAAUUGCUUGAUUGAUUACGAACGGAUCUUCUCACAAAAAAAGAAGAAGAUUACGGACGGAUCGACCGUUAUUCUUCUUCUUCUUCUUGCGGUGGCACCGGCACGCCAGUUGUGGCACCCCGGCCGUGCGUGUGUUGAUUUCUUUCGAUAUCUCAUUUCUGUAUGUGUUUUGUAUGUUGAUUGUUGAAUUGUUGUCGAUCGAUCGAGCCUGUAACAUCUGCAGCUGAGGUUGGGACGUCACGGAUGAAUAAAAUUGUAAUCAAUCGAGCAUAAAUCUUUCCAAUAAAGAGAAUUUGGUCUUA